CACGAGGCGCAGCGAGGCGCAGCGAGGCGGCCGCUCCUAUCGGGCGGAUCGGACGCGGGAUUUGGGGUUCGGAGCCCCUUGGAGGAGCAUGUCUCCCCUCGGCGACGACGACCAGCAGCACCAGCAGCCCCGCCGCAAAGCCGAUUACGCGGCCGACACUUGAGGAUAAUUCGGGCGCCGCCUGCGACAGCGUCUGCGACAGCACCUCAAAGGACUACCGAAGAGAGGCCCGUGGCGGUGCCAUGGACAGGCCCCAUGUCAACAACAACAACAACACCAUGAGCACCACGGAGGACAUGUCGUGGAUCCUGAACGCGAGCCAGAACGUGGACCCCGACGUGCUGGCCAGCUUCGCGCGCAACCGCGACCUGGACGACCCGUUCUUCUUCACCUUCAUCGUGCUGUACUCGGUCAUCAUCUGCUUCGGCGCGGCCGGCAACGGGCUGGUGGUGUGGGCCGUGGCCCGGAAGCGCUCCAUGCGCACCGCGCGCAACAUGUUCAUCGUGAACCUGGCCGUGUCGGACCUGCUGCUGUGCGUCGUCACCAUGCCGCUCACGCUCAUGGAGAUCCUCACCAAGUACUGGGCGCUGGGCCGCGAGGAGUUCAUCUGUAAGAUGCUGGGCACACUGCAGGCCACCAGCAUCUUCGUCUCCACCAUCUCCAUCACGGCCAUCGCCCUGGACCGCUACCAGGUGAUCGUGUACCCGACGGGCAACAACAUCCAGAAGGUCGGCGCCAUCGUCAUCUCCGUCAUGAUCUGGGUGGUGUCCCUGCUGCUGGCGAGUCCCCUCUUCAUCUUCCGCACCCUGGAGGUGCACCACGUGGUGGACAUCGGCACGCUGGCGUACUGCAUCGAGAACUGGCCCGUGGCGGACGGGCGCGCCUACUACUCCAUCUUCUCCCUCAUCUUCCAGUACAUGUUCCCCAUCGUGAUCGUGACGCUGGCCUACUCGCGCAUCUGCAAGAAGCUGCGCUACCGCUACGUCAACUCGUCGGCGUCCAAGCGCAACGCGGGCCUGCCCGUGCCCUCCAACACCACCUCCAGCGCGCCCCCCGCGCCGCGGUGCCCGUUCGCGGCGCCGGCCGUCAAGGACACCGUCAAGGACGCCGUCAAGGACACGCAGCCGGCCGCCGUGCCCGUGGUGGUGCGGCCGAAGGCCAAGGACGACCGGCGCAUCAAGCGCACCAACGCCCUGUUCAUCUCCAUCGCCCUCAUCUUCGGCAUCAGCUGGCUGCCGCUCAACGUGUUCAACCUGGUCAUGGACACGUACUCGGGCGACCUGUUCGGCCACAACCGCCAGGCCAUGCUCAUCACGUACGCGGCCUGCCACAUGAUGGGCAUGUCGUCGGCCUGCACCAACCCCAUGCUGUACGGCUGGCUCAACGAGAACUUCCGCAAGGAGUUCAAGGAGAUCCUGGACGUGGCGUGCCGCGUGCUGUGCUUCUUCCGGUCGGUGGGCGCGGGCGGUGCGGGUGGCGCCGGGGCUGGCGGCGCGGGCGGCGGCGGCCUGGCGUUGACCGGGGCGUCGGGGCGGCUCCGCGGCGGCCACGGCCUGGGCGGCAAGCUGCUCAAAGACUCGAACCGCCUGCAGCCGUCCGCGUGCCGCGAGAUGACCAACGGGCAGGACAUGACCACCAGCCUGGUGCACGCCGACGAGACGACCAGCUUCACCAACGUCUUGUAGCGAAUGCGUCGUCAGCGUCGCCGCCGCCAGGGCCCCGGCGGGCAGCAGCAGCUCGAGCUGCUGGUGCUGGAGCCGACGGCCGGUGUGCCGGACAGCCAGGUGUGACCCGCGGCACCCGCCAUCUCCGCGCGACUCGAAUCACUUCCUGGAGGCCCUGGAGCUGGUUAGGCCUCCGCCACGCGCACGGCCACGCACGGCCAGCGCGCUAAUUCCGUCACGCGCUCCAACCGAUGAGCCAGUCACGUGAGUGCCCGCCAGCAGAGGCGUCACUCUGUCUCCGUCCCACUGGCGGCCCGUACCGAAGGGACGCGAGAGAGGCAGAGCGACGCCUCGGAGCCACCCGGCUCCUUCGCGGGC